UCCACACUGACUAGCACGCUGCUCCCUCCUCGCCCCAACAUUCCUUUCCGCUGCUCUCGCUUGGUUCAUCCAAGCUUCUGGUUUUUUUGCUCUUCACCUGACAACGCUGCCGACAUUGGAAAUGACGAGAGCCAACCGCGCGCGCUCUUCCUUUGCCAGCUGAACUCUUUUGGCAAUGUCGCAGCCCCCUCUCCGAUGAGACAAUGAGAACCCACACACGCGGGGCCCCUACAGUCUUCCUCUUAGGUUGGCUGCUGCUCCCGCUGGCUCCGACCGCAGCAGACCCGAGAGGAGGAAUCCCCUUCGUGGGAGGCGACUACAAGGGCCACCCGAUGCUGUAUUUCGAUCGGGCAGACGUAGUAGAGCUUCAGCGAGCGGCCGGAAGCACUCACGGGGAGACGGCGAGACGGAUCCGCGAGGCCGGCGAAACCAUGCUCGGACGCCCAGAAGAGUACCUGCCUCCCUGGAGCCCCGCGGAGUUCGGUGCCCGAUGGAACGAGGUUUACGGAAACAAUCUGGGUGUGCUGUCCAUGUUCUGCCUGCUGUACCCGCACAGAGCCGGAGCACUUGAAUUGGCCAAGGACUACAUGGAGAGGAUGGCAGCUCAGCCUAGUUGGUUGGUGAAAGAUGCCCCCUGGGAUGAAGUUCCUGUGGCACACUCUUUGGUUGGGUUUGCCACUGCUUAUGACUUUCUUUUUGAAUACUUGAACAAGGACCAACAGGAGCGAUUUCUCCAGGUGAUCGGCAAGACAUCUCAUCUCAUGUAUGAGAAAUCCUAUAGUCGUGGCUGGGGAUUUCAAUACCUACACAACCAUCAGCCAACUAAUUGUGUGGCUUUGCUCACAGGAAGCCUGGUUUAUAUGACUCAAGGUUAUCUACAGGAAGCCUACCUUUGGACCAAGCAGGUCCUGUCCAUCAUGGAGAAAUCUAUGGUUCUUCUUCAGGAUGUCACAGACGGAUCCCUGUAUGAAGGAGUGGCGUACGGGACUUACACAACACGCUCGCUGUUCCAAUAUAUGUUUCUGGUGCAGCGCCACUUUUCCAUUAGCCACUUCGACCACCCCUGGCUCCAAAAACACUUCAAUUUCCUAUACAGGACCAUCCUUCCUGGAUUUCAGAGAACUGUCGCCAUUGCUGAUUCCAACUACAACUGGUUUUAUGGACCAGAAAGUCAGCUGGUCUUCUUGGACCGUUUUGUAAUGCGUAAUGGUAGUGGGAACUGGCUGGCCGAUCUGAUUCAUCAAAAGAGAGUGACGGAUGGAGUAGGACAGGCUGGCAAAGGCCAGCGAUGGUGUACUCUUCACACAGAAUUCAUCUGGUAUGACCCGGGCCUUAUUCCGAAGCCCCCGUCGGAUUUUGGGACAUCUCAGCUCCAUUACUUUGAGGACUGGGGCGUGGUGACCUACGGCAGCGCUUUACCUGCCGACACAAACCGCUCCUUUCUUUCCUUCAAAUCAGGGAAGCUGGGGGGGCGUGCAAUUUUUGAUAUUGUUCACAAGAACAAAUACAAAGAAUGGAUUAAAGGGUGGAGGAACUUCAAUGCUGGCCACGAACACCCUGAUCAAAACACUUUCACCUUUGCGCCCAAUGGGAUUCCAUUCAUCACUGAGGCACUAUAUGGACCCAAAUACACUUUGUUGAAUAAUGCAGUAUUGUUUGGUCCAGCCCUCUCAGGUAGUUGCUUUAAGCCAUGGGCUGGCCAGGUAACAGAAGCAUGUGACUCAAAGUGGUUGAAAUACAAGGUGGGGCCUGCUGCUGAUGCUCAGGGCAAAGUUGAGGCUGCCAUGGAGAGACAAGGGAUGGUCUUCAUUCGCGGGGAAGGACAUUCUGCUUAUAGUGCCGACCUGAAAAUCCGAAACUUCCAGAGAAACAUCCUCCUCCUUCACCCACAGCUCUUACUUGUGGUGGACCAUAUUCAUUUGCAUCCUGAGAGUCCAUCCAGGGCCAUGAGCACUUUCUUUCACAAUACAGACCUGCCAUUCAAAGUUCUAAAAGUAGACGGCGUUCAUGGAGCAUUUGUAUCUCACAAUGCAGACAAGUAUAAAAUGUUCUGGAUGGAUGACACAGGUCACAGUAAUAGAGGGGUGGUAGGUUACUGGGGUUAUCCACGGGGGUAUCCAUAUAAUGGCUCCAAUUAUGUGAAUGUCACAAUGCCAUUAAGAUACCCUCACACCCGAGUAGCUUACAUUUUCUUUGGACCAGGUGUGACUCUCACCAGCUUCAGCCUGCGUGGUGAUGACCAAAGAGUGGAUAUUUACCUGACUACCAAGGAGCACGCCUACACAGUCUAUCUGCUGACUGGAGACGUUAUCAGCAAGCCUCUUUUUGCCAUGGUGAUGAAGGACCAAAAGAAGAUUGUGUUCGAGAAAAUGCUAGCUCCGGUGGACAGCUCGCCUGUGGAAGUAGAGGAAUAUGUCAACAUGGUGGAGGACAACCUCCAGCUUGUCAAACCAGUCUUCCAGCAGAUGGAGCGACAUAUACUUGGAAAGGUUCUAAAUAGUGACAGCUUCCAUAAGACUGCAGAACGCCUGCUCCAGAUCUCUGAUAAAAAGAAAACAGAAGAGGCCAUUGAAAAGAUGUUUGCAUUGUCCAAGAAACAGGGAAAGUACAAGGUGGGAAAGAAAAUAAACCUUGGGGAGAAACUCUCUGAGAAUUUGCCUGACAUUUUUACACAGAUUGAGAUCAGUGAAAAUAAAGUGAGACAGAGGACAUCUAAGCGUGUCUACGAGGACAGUCCGGAGGAGGGAGACACAGACUCUCUAGCCUUUCUAGAAUAUGCCGACAGCCGUAAAAACAGAAAUGGCGGCUUUGCGAAAGGGCAAAGAUUCAAAGAGGUAAAUAUGUUGGUAACGACUGGGAGGGAGCGCAUUUCCAGCACGGCCUCUUCCAUAAGACUCUUUCUCCUCUUGAAUACUGCCACCUUCUUCUUACUACUGGCUGUCUUAUUGACUCGCUUCCACAGGGGCCGAAGCGUACAAACGCAGAGAUGUUUUUAUACCGUCCUUAUGAUUGACUGCUUGAUCUUACUUUAUCUCUACUCGUCCUGCUCUCACGGGCAGUGUUAGCAUCAUGAGUGGAAUUGUUCAGAUGCAAAUACGGGUCAUUUUGAGAUCAUUUGAUCAAUAACGGUAAAGACAUGGCCCACUGAAUUGCAAUACACCGGAGGGACCUUUGCGCGGAACUGUCAGGUUGAGGCAACCAUUUUGCAUUCACACAAUAGUAGACCGCAGAAUAAAUGGUAUUAUGAGAUAUGAAUGAAUAUGUAUGCAUUUGUGAAUGUGUGGGAACUGUUUAUGGCUUUACCAUUAUUACAAUUGUACACAGAUGAGUGUAAUGGGUUUAAUGAGUAGUUAUGAUCAUUUAUCAAUCCAGAGGGCUACAUACAGUAUGUACAUUUUGCAACUCACGAUUUUUUUAUGAAGCCGUUUGUCUUUACCGUUGUGCAAGAAAUGUAUUUUUGCUCUGUCAAUCAGGAUUGCCUUUACUAUGAAUUUGAAGACUUUAAUUGUCAUACCAACACACGUUUACACAUGAUACGGCAUGACAUUUGAUACACAUUAGCCCAAUAAGUCUCAAGACUUGUGAACUAUAAAUGGAAUCAUGAAAUUAGAUCAAAUAAAACAAGAUAAAGAAAGAUUUUUAAAAAAUACAGUUCCGGUAUUUGCAGUUGUCAAUGUGUGCAAAGGUGCAAAUGCAGAAAGGACUUGGAUGCAGUGGAAUACAAACACCGUAGGCUUGAAUUCCACAAAAUGUUUACAUGAUAUUUCCAUGGUCCUUGUACGCGAAGGGAAUGUUGAGUGUUGAUCGUGCAGGGGCAAAUUGGGCUGAAGUCAGGCGACAGAGCAUUGUGCAAGUUUAACAGUCUUACAGCUUCCAGAAAGAAGCUGUUCCUCAGCCUGGUAGUCCUGCACCGGAUGCUCCGUAGCCCCCUGCGGUGCAGUGAGGAGGAUGCAAGAGAGGGUGUGCAGGGUGGGUUGAGUCAUUGAUGAUGCAGAGAGCCCUUUUUCCGCACCUGCUGGUAAAGAUGUCUGCGGAGGUGGGAAGGCCGCCCUCUACUAUCUUCUUAGCAGCCUUUGCCUUCCGAGCAGCUGCUGUGCCACGCGGUGAUACUGAUGCUGAGGACGUUCACCGCCGCACAUCUGUUGAAGCUCCUCAAGUCACAGCUCCCCAGUCCGGCACGUCGCAGCUUUCAGAGGAAGUAGAGACGUUAGUGAGCAGACAGGAAGUGAUUCGGCACCAGGUGAGGUCCUCGGAAAGAUGGACUUUGGUACUUGUAGCUGGAGACCACUUCCACGACUGCUCCUCCAAUGUACAGGGGGAAGAGGGGGCGUCUGUCCCUGGUGAAGUCUGCCACCACCUAUAAAGGUCCACCACAUGUUCAACCUCCUCUCUGUACUCAGACUCGUGGCUGUUGGCGAUGUGUCCCACCACAAACUUCACUAUAUGACAGCUCUGCAAUUUUGCUGAGCAGUCAUAGGUCAGUAGUGUGAACAGGAGGUGGCUCCGCACGUAGCCCUGUGGGGAGUCAGCGCUGAGGAUGAUGGAGGAGGACACACUGUGUUGUGGAUCCUGACGGUCUGUUGGUCAGAAAAUCCAGGGGCCUCAUGUACGAAAGGUGCGUACGCACAAAAACGUGGCGUCCGUUCUUUUUCAGGGCAAAGUUCAGAUGUAUCGAGAGUGACACGAGCGUGGAAAUGCGCGGUGCCUCGCGCCGACUGCGUGGCUGGCGUACGCACGUUUCUGCAGCUUUUCACGUCGAGGUGAUGCUGGCAAAGUGUUCUCAUAAAUCUGCACACCAGAGACGCAUGAAUAAUUAGCACUGAUGAACAAUUCAUGCCUGACAACAUUUGAUUUCAACAAUGCAAUUGAGGCAAGGACUCAGAGUAUUUAAUGAACCGCUGAUAUUUGUGAGGACACCUAUGAAUUGAUGGAGGCGAGCAUUUACGGCGCCUCCUGCCCUCACAAUCGCUUGGUGACUGCAGCACAUGCACUGAAAAAAUGUCCUUUGAAUUGACUUCAUUUGAACACGUGCAUCGGUUGCACAUGAUUCAAAUGUGUUUCAAUUGACAUCAUUUAACCUCUUCUGCUAAAAAAAAAAAAAAAAGGUGUUUUCUUUUUUUGGCGUGUUCUCUCCUGUGUAUUCAAAUAAUAAAUGGAGUCAUCAAAAAGGAGUUCAAGUUUUUGAUAUCCUCUUUGAUAUGCCGAUGUGCUUCUACUUGAAUUCCAAAGAUGCAUUACAAAUACCACAACAUUGACGCGUGAACUUUUAUCUCACAAGGCUGAGAGUAGGUGACUGUAUGAACACAUUUGUUAGUUCUAAAAAAUACAUGGUGUUCACCUCGUGGGGUCAUCAGUCAGCCACACGUGCUCCCACCAGCCCUGAGAGAGCAGCGUCACAAACCAUCGCAGCGAUUCUCUCCACGCACGGGUGAGGCCCUCCGCGCCGGUUCUUCUGCCUUUUUUUUGGACACACUGUGGCGGUGGGCAGCCGUCCUCCGCUUCACGUCCACCUUAAUGUCCGAGCCCUUCUUUUUUAGUUCAGCGUGUUCCGUCUCCGCAGCAUCGACAGCCGUACACGCGCUGUCCCAUUCGCUCUUUCGCGUGUUGUUAACGCCGGAGGACAGCGUGCCGAAGAGGAUUUUCUUGCGCGCCUCCACUUCAUUGCGCAACUUCACAUUCAGAACAAUCAUUUUGCUCAUUUUCCUGUUUUUCUGAUCACGCAGAGAUCGGCAUCUCAGGUGCAGGGUUGAUUGAAAUAUGAUUUGCAUAUUCAAACGUGGGCGUGGACAGGGAGGGGUCGGCGACUCCAACACGUGCGCUCAUGUCCACGUCGAUCGGGACGUACGAAGGAAAGGUGCUUGGAUUCACGAGUACGCAGAGUUUCAUACAUCGGAAUAUUUUUGUGCGUGCGCCAUGUUUCAGGAGGAAAUCCACGCAAGUCUUUACAUGAGGCCCCUGGUAUAUUUAUGGAUAAUUUUCCUAACAUUUGAUCAAUAAUGGUAGACAAAAAAAAAUAUAUAUAUAUAUAUAUAUAUAUAUAUAUAUGUGUGUGUGUGUGUGUGUGUGUGUAUAGGAAAUGUUUUACGCCACCUUGGUUUUAUAUGGGUAAAUGUCUCCCAUGCUGAAACAGCCCCGGUCAAAGUCCUGUUUUCAAAAAGUUAUUGGUGAUUUAAAAUUUUAGAUCAUAAAGCCAAUCCUUGACAGAGCAAAUGGCACACUGAAAUACACUUUUUGCACAACAGUAAAAACAUAAAAAAAAAACCAUAACAUCUCAGUUCCCUCUUUUUCGGGUCAUUACACACGUUGCCCGACGACACACUGCUUGUGCGCAGAACACAUAUGCAAUACGUGAUGUCAUCAAUAAGCAAUUGUAAAUUUUUAAGUUACUCUUUACCAUUUGCAAAUAAAAUAUUGCCAGACCAUGCAUUUUGUUGAAUUUGGUUUCCCGAUGUGGAAACUAUCCAUCCAUUUUCCUCACACGGGUCGCGGGCUGCCGGAGCCUAUCCCAGCCAUCUUCGAGCGAGAGGCGGGGUACGCCCUCAACCGGUCCCCAGCCAAUCGCAGGGCACAUUCACAC